UGUGGCCCCAUCACACUUGCUAUCUACCCCGACCUCUCUCUUUCUAUCGGCUUAUCCGACUCGGGCCUCCAAUCCGGUUCUCUUUAUCGUCUCGUGAAUCUGUACCUUAUCUUUCUGGUUGAUCGAUUUCACUCGGUGCCAGUUCCUCUGUGCAGUUCACUCCAGGCACUAUUUCUCAACACCCUAGAAGCACGUACACCGCCGCUUCACUGA